AUGCUAAUGUACGUCUAUCUGUUAUUGAUUGUACCUCUAGCAACUAGUGCCGCAAAUGACGAACAAAAUGAAGUUUACAAAACUAAUGAAGAAAUGGAGUUCAAGUUGGAGAUGGACAACUUUUCAGAUAAAAUUCAAACCAUUAUCAACUCUGACAGGAAAAAACAACUGAUAGACGAGCUACUAUCUGAUGAAAAUAAAAGGGAAUUGUUGAAAAAGGUUGGCCAAUGGUUCCAAAAUGGAGACAUAACACCUACACAACUUAUUAAUAUUGCAAAUAUGUCAUUUGCUGGCAAGUUUGAUACAUCUCCUCAGUUUAAUAUGUGCAUUGGAAAGUAUACAAUUUGUACUGUUGAGCAGUGUAUCAUUUAUGCCAAAAAUUUUGAUUCUUAUAACCCGGAGAUUUUCCAAUGCCUUGGUAAAUGUAUCCCAAAGUUCAUUUCAUGUAUAGCAUGGGCUGGAGAAAGUCCGGUCUCAUCGGAAUUAUAA